AAACAGUAGCUGGAGUACAAAGGAGGUAAGAUCUAUAAAACCAGUCACUCAAUUUGAAAAGCAUCAGAGGAAAGGACAUACUUGAGCUAUCUGUUUCCUGAGGCUUGUUUCUUUCCAAAACAGGGUCAUUGCUGCCAACCUAGCCAUGAUCCAGGCUCUGCUGUUGCUUUCUUGCGUCUUGCUGUUCCCAGCGAAUGCUUUUCCAAUGCAAGACCAGAAAGAAUCCCUGCACUCCCAACCAUCUCUCUCAGAAACUGGGACUCUUCCAAACAUGCUCUUCAAGCAACUCUUUCUCCAAGAUCCCAUGAUCUGCCAGAACCUCUUGCCCUUUGUGCCCCUCUUGCCCCCUCUGCCUGAGUACCUGUCCAACUUAGCUCUGGAGCUUGCUCUAGAGGAAUCUGGCUGCUCGAAGGAGGCCCACAGUCUGCAGCUGGCUAGGAUGGCAAGAAAGGACAUGGCUGAGGCCUUCCUCCAUGAGAGUGCAGAGCCCAAAGAGGAGGGAAGGAUUGGCAAGGCUAAGGUCAUUUUGAGAGAUCCGAUGGUAUCUCCAGAGGAGCUUCGGCGGGUCCGGCGCUCAGUUACUGAGCUAUGUGAUUCCAAGUCUGAAUAUGGUUGGGUAGUCAAUGAAACAGCAACACUGAUAGCUGAACUUGCUGGGAAACUCCCUCCCACCGAUUUAGUAAUGGAAGUGAAGAAUAGUGCCCUUCGAGCCUCGCAGGAGUGCAGUAGUCAGUCUUGGGAUAAUUUGGAAGAGGCAGUCAAUAAGCUAGUGAGUGGUCCUGAAAUUGAUACAUCUUCAUUGUCUUUAGAAGAAAAGAUCUAUUUUGCCAAGAGUUCUGUAAACAUUAUGACACGGUUUAUAAUAGAUUUGAUAUUCAAUGGAAUAAAGGAUAUUUUGGACUAGGGAAAGCCUCCUCCCUUUUUCAGUUUCUCUGAUAAAUUUGUGCUCAAGACCAGGGCAUAUCAAGUAAUUGGAAAGAUUGGUGACAGAUUUGUGCAGGUACCUACUCUUCAUUAGACUGCAUACUCAAAGCCUAGAAUUAACUUCCUCUCCUCUCAAUUUGUCCUAGCUCCUAUUUUUGUCUCUAAAUUCCCAAUUCAAAUAUAUACUAGACAAAUCUGGUAAUCUUUCCCCCAUAUGUGUACCUUUAAUUUCUAACUAGCUGGAGUGAAUUUGUAAAUGUAAAAAAUUAAAAGCUGAUAUUCUACCAAA